AUGGAAAACAAGCCCUGGAAGCCAGGUGCUGGGCAUGCAGGAGUGGGUGAAUACCCAGCUGUUGCCAUUCCCAGAUGUGGUCCAGCAAGUCCCUUCAAAGGACACUUAAGUACUAAGAGCAAUGCUUUCUGCAUUGACUCCUCUCAAAGUCUAACUGAUCAGUACCUGAUCAGACGUCACAUGAUGUGUCAUUAUAACAAAAUCCUUUCUGCCAAAGCAGCUGUAGACUGUUCGAUGCCCAAAAGUAGACUGACCAGCAUCAAACUUGCUGACCAGCAAAGAAGAGAGAAACUGAAAAAGAAGAUAGCCAGGUGUGAAGAGGAAAUGAGUGUGUAUAAAACUGCCUCCCGAUGCAGCUCAAGAGGGAGCAGCAGGCUGCUGGCGUCCUCUUUGGGAAAGAGUUUCUUGGAAGCAGAAGACAAAGACACUCUCUCUCCCUACGCUGGGCAGGCACCGUACCUAUCAAGAGCUCUGUCUCCUUAUGGUGGUCAUGGCUUGGUUCACUCCAGUCCAGUAAAAUAUGGCAGAAAAGGCUCUCGAAAUACAUCUAGUGCAUCUAGCUCAAGUAUCAGUACAUCAAGGCCAGCAAGAAAACACACUGGAUCUUCAUGCAGUCGCUCCACUGAUAGUUUUGUGAGCAUUACUCAUUCACAGAGGCGUCAAGGAAGCAACUCCAAAGUGUGCAGUGGGGAUCUUCUAGAGAGGCACUCUGAAUUCUUUACUAAGAGCCAAAAAGCUUUCACUCCACGCACCUUAAUAUCAGAUGCUAAAUCUUUCCUGCCAGAGUACAAGUAUUACACUCCUGCUCGAAGAAAAAGGAAACAUAACUGCAAGCAGCAUGUGGAAGCUCAAACACAGACUGAUGUUAUCAGCUUUCCAACUGCAGACAAAGUGUCUGAGAGAAGAGUUAAGGCUGAACAGCAGAAGAUCACGUUGAAGGCUGAAGACAGAAGAUAUACUGUGGCUAAGCCUGAGAGAGAAAUAGAUGCUUUUCCAUUCACCAUCCUAAGGGAGACAUCGUUGUAUUCUCAGCAGUCUUCACUAAGGAGGUCUAUCAAGGCUAAAGAAGAGGAGCUUCUAUAUUUAACCUUCAUUAAAGAUGUAACAAAUGAAAUUCUUAGCCUUGGGCUAUUUUCUAACAGGGCUCUGGAACAACUGUUUGAGGGGCAUAUAGAAGAAAAUAAGAACUGUUUGGAUGAGGGCAAAAUGCGCCACAUGUUGGAUGUGCUGAAGACAGAGCUCGGCUGCGGCCUGUGUGGUGAGGCAGAGCAGGUCCAUGCAGGCUCGGAGUCACCUGCAGACUUCCUGGAUGUGCAGGAGUUUGACAUGAUGGAAGAGUUUGGGUUUACCAGUACAGGUUACUGGCAAAGAAAAGCUACAGAAAGUGAAGAAUUCUUUGGGACCAUGGACUUAGUGUUGAAGGAACCAAACAAAUACAAAUCACUGUUACGCAGGGAAAGGUCAAAGGAGACUCAGAGCAAGGAGGACUUGUCAGAAGACGUCGCUGAACUGAUGAAUGGUGGGACAGAGUCUGAUUCUUGUGUGAAAUCUGAACACCCGGACACUUCACCCACGUGUGAGGCAACUUUAGACUUGAUUGCUUGUGACGAUUUGGAAGUCAACAAGGAACUUGAUGAUCUUGAGGAAAGCUUUGCAGAGGCCCUCCAGAUCUCAGAGGACUUUUUAUAA